AUGGCCCGGCGGGACAUCCCCACAUCAACAAGUGUUCCGGUGGUGUUUGUAUGCCUAGGUGCCCUACUGUUUGGCAAUGUGUUGAUCUACCUGUACCUGGACUCUUUGCAUCAAAGCGAUGAACACCCGAUGUCACCUCAUAUGGGCUGUCCGCCCAGACACUUCAGAAUGGCUUCUAUGAAAACCUGCUACCCCUGGUUGCAGUGUCCGCAGGUGAAGGCUGAGGUACGCAAGCUGAAGCUCAUCGGACAGGGAGCAGUCAAGCAGGUUUACCUGUCUGAGUGGCGUGGUCAGAAGGUGGCCCUGUCUACUCUAUCCUCACCUGAGUACCUCGAGGACUUCCUCCACGGUGUGACCAUGCUGCAGACCCUUCAGGGCCCCCAUGUGGUGCAGCUUGUGGGCUGGUGCCCGGAGGAGGUCCUCCUGGUCACAGAGUACCACCCGCUGGGCUCGCUCCUCAGCCUGGACGCCACGCUGGCCCAGGAGCGCCACCGCAGCCGCGACACCUGGCAGACGCGGCUGCGCCUGGCCCUGGACUACGUGUCGGCGUUGAGCUAUCUCCACGCCAGCCCGGCGGGCUGCCGCGUGAUGUGCGACUCCAACAGCCUGGAGAAGACCCUGUCCCAGUUCCUGCUCACGGCCGACUUCCGCCUGGUGGUCAACGACCUGGACGCCCUCCCCGAGGUGGACCCGUCCAGGGGGCUGCUCGCCAAAUGCGGUCACCGGGAGCUCACGGGGGACUUUGUGGCCCCGGAGCAGCUGUGGCCCUUCGGCGGCGAGGAAGACGGCGGCGGCGGCGGCCAGCCGUUUUCAGACGAGCUGAUGCCCGGCUAUGAUCACCUCAGCGACGUGUGGAAGAUUCCCGAUGUGACGCGGCAUCUGAUGGGGAGGGUGCCCGGCGGGGACGUGGCGCACUUCCACCUCUUCCAGAUCCACGAGGAGUGCAAGAGAAGGGACCCCGGGCUCCGGCCCUCUGCCCUGGACGUGUUGGCUGUGUACAGGUCGGUCUACGCCAACAUGGGGCGAGAUGCUGCUGGCUCCAGAGACAUGCUUUAGGGACCCUGGAGCACAUAGAAGACCAGGAAUGGACUACUCUUGAAAACCAAGUAUUUCAAUGAAAGCCAAGAACUGUUCUCCUGGUAUUAUCUUGUUGGAAAACAAUCAAAUUUUGGGAUUUAGCAGUUUUGUUGAUGGUUUGUUUCAGCUCUCAUUAAACACACAUCUUGAAAUUGUGUGUACAUCUGCCCAUUUUA